UUUAUUUUAACAUAUUUUUCUUCGUAUGUAGAUUAGAUGGACCCUAAACCCGUUACCCAUCACCGAGGGCGUCCACUUUAUUCAUCGGAGCUCAGGUUACAUGAACGUCGGAGCUCCGUCAAUCAAUGGCGAUCAACAAGCCUGCUGCUGCAAAUUCCGACUAUGAACGCAUCGUUAUUGCAUCCGCCAUAGCCUCACGGCUUCUUCUACUAUUCUUAAUCGUCUUCUGGCGCUCUCUCCUCAGCCCUUACGACACUUCAGCAUCUCUUAAUCCUGCAUGCUUAAUCCACCCAUCUUCUUCGCCUCCCCCCGAACAACCAGUUCUUUUUCCUCGAAUUGGCUCCGCCAUUGAGAGCAGCAUUGUCUGGGACGGCGUCCACUUCGUCCGAAUCGCUCAGUGCGGUUACGAAUAUGAGAAGUCCUACGCUUUCUUGCCCCUUCUCCCUUUCUGCAUUUCCCUCCUGUCCCGCACAGUAUUGUUGCCUUUGGUUCCAGUAAUUGGGCAUAGAGCUAUAUUGGGAAUAUCUGGAUAUCUAAUCAAUAACAUUGCUUUUGUGCUCGCUGCACGUUAUCUUUUCAGGCUUUCACUUAUUAUUUUGAAGGAUGCGGAAGCAGCAAUGCGGGCUUCAAUUCUAUUUUGCUUCAAUCCUGCUUCUAUAUUUUAUUCAUCGUUAUAUACUGAGAGUUUAUACUCGCUAUUUUCAUUGGGAGGAUUAUAUCACUUGAUGAGUGGCAGAAAUAGUGUUUCUGCUCUUUGGCUUGCUCUUUCUGGCUGUGCUCGGUCUAAUGGAGUGCUUAAUGCUGGUUAUAUCUGUUUUCUGACUAUGCAUUGGGCUUGUGAUGCUCUUUUGUUGAAGAAAUGUAUCCGUCGGGCAUUGCAGGUUCUCAUUUCUGGAGCCUUAAACUGUGUCUGUAUAUUUGCUCCAUUCAUUGCGUUUCAAGCAUAUGGGUAUUACAAUAUUUGCAGUGGACACACACCAGAUGAAAUGAGGCCAUGGUGUAAAGCUAGGGUACCGUUGCUAUACAAUUUUGUUCAAAGUCACUACUGGGGAGUAGGUUUCUUAAGAUAUUUCCGGUUCGAACAGCUACCAAACUUUCUACUUGCAUCCCCAAGUUUGUCUUUGGCUUUUUUCUCAAUUGUUCACUACGGAAAGUCAAAGACAAAGCUUUUAUUCUCAGUGGGCUUCCAAGCUACGGCUGAUGAUAGAAAUUCUGCGGCCAUGCUUUACUUUCCAGAACGUGUUUCAAGGUCAAGCAUACCCCAUCCCACGGUGGCAUCUUCCUCUGGAUUACAAGGAAAUCAGAAUCUUAGACGAAGAAAGAAGAUUCUUGGACAGGAUUCUGCUGAGCUUCCAUUAGAGGAUGAACCAUCCAAGGGGCCAGGAUACUUUUCUGCUCUUGUUCUUCCAUUUAUGCUACAUAUGGGUUUUAUGGCUGCCACAGCAUUUUUUAUCAUGCACGUACAGGUUGCAACACGAUUUCUCUCUGCAAGCCCUCCUCUGUAUUGGUUUGCCUCAUACAUUAUGGUUUCUCCCGAUCGCUUUAAGCGAUGGGGAUAUAUUAUCUGGUCGUACUCUGUUGCUUAUAUCCUCCUCGGCAGUCUGCUCUUUUCGAAUUUCUACCCUUUCACAUGAUUAGUUCUUGCAGCAAAAAGACACUUCAGCUUUGAUAUGGAAGCAUCUGGUUGCUGACGACCGUGCCAUUGCUUCAUAGUCCAAAUUUGACUGUUUUGUAUUAGAAAAAAUGGUUAGAACUAGAGCCAUAGAGUGUAGAUGCUGCUUUUUUGAGGCACAAAUGAAAGAAACUGGGAUUUGAAGCUAUUCUAGUUAGCUUUUGUUAUAGUUGUGCUUCAUUGUAAUUCAUGCACUGACGAACUCUAUGAGCAGAACCCGAUGGUGCACUACUAGGUAGAAUAGUUCUCAAUCUUAUACGGUUGAAACUGGAUUGUUGGGUGAGUUUAUCAGCUUCGAAGGAAGGGCCUUGAUUGAUUGUUUGCUUGAAUUAGCAGCUUCUAGAUUUGUUUAUAACUCGGGAGUUAAUCAGGACACAGAUUUUUAUCUUUGAUUUUGUAGUUUGAAAGAUUGGGAGAAUUCUGUGAGUACAAGUUAUUUAAUAUGGUUGAUACAAUGUGAGUACUUGUCUCUUUUUAAAUAGUUAUAACUUAGAAAGUACCCUUGCAUGUAA